ACCAUUCUGUGGUCGGCCGAGGGUUCGCUGCUGAGUUCACUAGCUCCCUGGCACCAAGCGCAGGUCGAGUGAACUGUUCUUCAGACAACAUGAACAUCACGAUUGAAAAGACUUACCUGAACUCUCUUGGCUAUGACGGCCACAAUUUGUACCUGGACGACCCACAAUGCAGACCACAGAUUUCCAGAUACCAGGUGGUCUUCAGUUUUCCCAUUAAUAACUGCGGCAACGUUAGAAAGUUUGAGAACAGCAGAGUCGUGUACACGAACACUCUCCGUGCCUACACCUCCAGGGCUGGAGAGAUUACACGCCAGUCUCACUUUAAGAUAAAUGUGGGCUGUCGACUGGAGCAGGACUCAGUGGCCCAGAUUAUGUACCUUGUCAAAAAUCGUGGUAACAGCAGCCUUUCAGGAACAGGCAGGUUCAAUACCAGCAUGGCUUUUUACACAUCCAGUGGCUUCUACUCUCAGGUGACUCAAGUGCCAUAUGUGGUCACACUCAACCAGAACUUGUAUGUGCAAGUGGACUUCGGAAGAAGUGACAGCAGCCUGGUCCUCUUUCUUGACACCUGUGUGGCUUCACCAUCGCCCCACGAUUUCCAGACCAGACCCUACUACCUGGUCCGUAAUGGAUGUACUAUGGACAGCACCUACCAUGCCUAUGUCACUGGCACCCGUUCCUAUGCCCGCUUCACAUUUAGGACCUUUCAGUUCUUGCGAGCCACAGACUCUGUGUACAUCCAGUGCAAGGUCCUGAUAUGUCCACAGUCUGACUACAACUCCCGCUGCCGCCGUGGCUGCACCAAACGCAAGGCCAGAGAUCUGGGGUCAAAACAUGACAGCCAAACUUUGGUCCUGGGUCCAAUCCAACUCAAAGACCCUGAGAAAAAGGAAGAAGGGACUCAUAAGCAGGACAAGGCUUAAUUUAAAGCUGCUUCAGUCAUCUUUACAAAUCAUUAGCCAUUCUGUUCAUUGUAACAGUGAAUUAUACUCACCAUUUCUCUCUUUAUUGCUUUACCUGAUUAAAAGCAUCAUCAAAAGACAAUCUUUGAGUAUUUCACUGUCAUAUUCAAGUAGAAUAUAAACAACCACAAUAUCACUUUUCCCGAUUUCUGUUCUGAAAUUUAAAGAUGGAAAACAAGCAAACAAAGUGCACCUCAGUUAGAAAACACUUUACUUAUAAAUUAGAGUAAUCCAUCUCACAAUAAAAUGAUUUGCCAUCCCAGAGGGAGGAGAUUCAGCCAGAAGGCUUGAACAUUCACCACUGAACCUACAACACACAGAGAACAUAAGGCAGUCAUUACAAGAUGCCCCUAUUACUGGUAAGCAUGGUGACAAGGAGGUGGUCCUAAAAACUGCAACUGUUCUCCACACACACACGUUGCUAAGCAAAAGACAACAGUACAGAAGACAAAGAACAAUCUUGCUAACCUAGCAGUCUUACUGCAACAUGAUUUUGACUUUUUUGACACUGAACAUCUAUCCGACCACUCAGAAUACAAUACUCAGUAAAUAUUCAGAAAAGCACUGAGAUCCAUAUGUUAAAUGAGGAAUCCCAGUGUUAAUCACAUAAGUUAAAACGCUGCACCUCGAGUGCUACAUGGCAAUUCUGAAAAAGUGCUCACAUGAGACAAGACCUGUUGACUCUUGUCCUAAACACGGAGAUACUGGAUGUCAAAGUGACUUCAUACUAUAUCAAAAGACCAGAGUGUGAAAUAUAUUUAAAAGGAUAUACAAAACCUUAGCAAAAUGAAUAAUGUUACCAUGAUGCUGGUCAAGGAAGGGCACUGUGUGGACAAACUUCAAAACAACAUGACUCCCAACAAAAAGUUUAACAACUUAGCUGGCUGAUCAAAAACCACUGAUACAAAGUC